AUGCCAAUGAACAUCAGUCUUGGCAACAAAAAGCCAGCGGGCCCGAAACCCGGAAACCCUCUCGGUCAGAAGCGAAAGAACUUAUUCGACGAUGACUCUGGCGACGAAGACGCGCAGGCUCAAAAUGGCGCAAUUGAGGUCUCGACGAUUGGAGGACUAGAGGAGCCGACACCAAAGACAAAACCACAGAAUGCAGCCCCACCGCCGAAGCGCAAGAUGCAAUUCGCAGGCGCAGCCAAGCCAACGAUCAAAACGCUCAGCAAGAACUCCCUAUUUGCAGACGACGAGGAUGAAGACGAAGCAAAGGAGAAAGAGCAACAGGGUGCAAUGCAUCUGGGGCUGAACCAGGCAAGGUCGAAGAGCUCGACCACUCCCGGCAAAGAGUUCAUUAAUUUGUCGGCAAUGCACAGCAGCAAGAAGCAUGCAAAAGAAGCCGAAGAACUCGAUCCAUCUAUCUACUCAUACGAUGCCGUAUACGACAGCCUACACGCCAAACCUGCCAAAUCAUCGACGAACACCAAGAGCGAAACACCAAAAUACAUGCAAAACUUGCUGCAAAGUGCCGAGAUUCGGAAACGAGAUCAGCUUCGGGCGAAGGAUCGCCAGCUUGCCAGAGAACGUGAAGCCGAGGGUGAGGAAUUUGAUGACAAGGAGAAGUUUGUCACGUCUGCAUACAAGGCACAGCAAGAGGAAUUGCGCAAGGCCGAGGAAGAAGAGGCACGCCGUGAACAGGCGGAGGAAGAACGUCGGAAAAAGAGUGGAAAUUCCGGCAUGAUUGGGUUCUAUCGAGACGUUCUUUCUCGAGGCGAGGAGCAACACGAACAGGCCGUCAAAGCCGCCGAAGAAGCUGCCCGCCGUGUCAAAGACGGCGAGCUCCCAGAAGAGCCAACGGGAGAGGAGGAGAAAACGGAGGCCCAGAAGGCGGAGGAUCUCAAUUCUCGCGGUGCUCGUGUUGCUGUCAAUGACGAGGGCCAAGUUGUGGACAAACGCCAGCUUCUGUCCGCAGGAUUGAACGUGGCACCGAAGCCGAAGUCUCAAGCGCCGGCACCCAAACCAGCCCCACGACCUGUUGCUCGACCUCCUGCUGGCCACCAAAACGCCCGUGCUGCCCAAAGAGCUCGACAGACAGACAUGGUUGCCAGUCAAUACGAGGAGCGUGCACGCCAAGAAGAAGAGGCCGAGGCCGCCAAGCAGAAGGAGAUUGCAGAGAAGAGCCGCAGCCGCAAGAGCGAGGGAGAAGUUUCCAGUGCCAAGGAGCGAUAUUUGGCAAGAAAGAGAGAGCGGGAAGAAGCUGCCGCAAAGGCCAAGGGAGCGUGA